UACUGUAUUAUACAACUAUAAAGUAUACUCCGGUAGUCCGGUCUCCGACACUCGUACUACCAUAAUAUUAUCACGUUCAAGUUGAAGCGACGAGCGCACGCGCAGUUCGCUUUCCGGACUUCACGGUCACACAUACAACGACAACACACCAUUGCAUUGCCACACRAUCGGGCCGUCAGCCCAACGUAUCGUUGUUCGUUAGUAGAUGAUACUUAGUGCUGGCAGYGCUGCAUUAGUGCGUUCAUCAACGAUGUCUAAUGAUAACGGAGAGUCGUCAGUGGAAGCUAAUCGGUAGACGGAAAUACUGUGCUGAGUGCAUCGUUAGUAACAAUAUUAUGCAAAGAGUACAACAAAAACAGCAGCCCUCGACGACAAUAAUUAUAUUAUUAUCGCUGUGAUAUUUUUUGAGGAUCUUUCGUUAGUUUUCGUUACAACCGUCACCGCGCGCGUUCAUGGCACGGUCGUUCCGUUAUCGAGUGUCGAAUGAAAUAACGGCGGCGGAAGAGGUCACAGUCGCACGUCGUCGUCGUCGUCGUCGUCGUCGUCAUCGCUGGUUCAAGGCGAACAGGUCUAGUCUUCAAUUCUUCAUGUAGAUUUUUAGAUGGCCAAUAAGUCGUUUGAAGUGACACGCUCGUUCUCUGCGUAUUCCGCUACUGUCAUAUAGACGAUGGUCGCGAUUGCUUGAGUUGGUGGUCGUAGAACAUCUCAUUCGGUGGUGACUGGCUAGAGUGGACCAAGACGCGACCAUAACGACUAAUAGACCCAAGAGUUGUGCUGCGCGGCGGCGGUGUCGGCUUUGACGUCGACAUCGGCUUCGUGAUAUUACGCGGACCAACCAUUUUUCCCUCUAGUUUUACUGCCCUGAACACCUGUAGUGUUUAAUGCCGUGCAAUUCCAUCUGUUGAACGUCGACCGUAGAUGAACAGUCAAUUAUACUCUGAAUAUUACUACACUUGAGAAGUGAUAAAAAACUACAUUUGGUUGUGAACCAAAUUAAUCAUCAACAUUGUUAUGUUUACGGCGGUGCGACGUAGCGUCUCUAACGCCCUGUCUGGUGUGUCACUUUGUGGUUGUAAUAGAUAUAACCCCAAUAUAGUUGCUGGUUGUUACAUUAGGAAGCUAACUCGAACGGCCAAUGGUAGCGGUGGUGGUGGCUUUAAAGCUAUUGUCACUACAGCUCUUCUAUUCAUCAUGGGUGCUCUAUACUGUCUAUAUGGUACUAGUGGAAGUACAGGUGGCAUAGUGACACCUGUUGCAUACAGCCAACAGUCAUUAGAAAACAGUAAUUUGAUGAUCGGAGUGAAGUCAAAUGCAACUGUGGACAUAGCAACAAUAACUGCCGGAAACACACACUCAAACCUGGAAUGUGGUGGUAACAAUGGUAAGAAGCCACAAAGAAAACAGCUUAAGAUAAAACCACCUAGAGGUGUGGUGACAGCCGCUGAUAUGUAUGAACCUGGAUUCCGGAUCCAAAAUGCAGGCCUUUGUUCCACUAGCACUAGGUUAUUAGUGCUGAUCACUUCAGCAGCAGCUCCAACACAUUCUCAAAACCGACAAGCUAUUCGUAUGACAUGGAUGAACCGAUAUGGUCCAAGUGUGAGCAUGGCAUUCCUAGUAGGAACACCUCAAAUGUCUAAGACAGACCCAGUGGCUCGAGUACUGCAGGACGAAGAACAAGCAUUAAAGAUCCGUCUAAAUCAGCACAAUAUUGAUAAUAAUAUCAAACCAAAAGAGAAAGAGAAAUUAGUAGAACCUUUGAAUGGUGAUCCUAGGUUGUACCAAUUUUCGCUAGACCAAAAACCAAAUCCUGGAGAAGGCUUAGACGCGCAUGCUAUGCAUGGACUGAACGAAGCAGAACAGGCUGUGCAACGAGUAUUAGGACGAGAAUAUGGUCGAUAUGGUGAUUUGAUACAGUGCCAGUCUCGAGACACUUACACMAACUUGACUCUGAAAUCUAUCGCUGCUCUUGAAUGGACCCGUCAAUAUUGCCCAUGGGCUCGGUACCUAUUAAAAACAGAUGAUGACAUGUUCAUUGAUGUACGUAGACUACUGCGAUUCAUCAACAAAGUGGAAACAGAAAAUGUUACAGAUUCUAGUGUUAACGGACGUCAUACUCGCCCCCUUGAACCCAUAAAUAACUCAAAUGAAUUAUUCACCGUAGGCACAGAUAUGUUUGAGUCUGAAAACACCCCUAGUUUUGAAAUUGAACUGCCGCCUACUAUAUGGGGACGACUAGCACACGGUUGGCGUCCAAUUCGACAACUUAAUAGUAAAUAUUAUGUUUCCCGAACACAAUAUGCUAGUCGAGUUUAUCCUGAUUUCUGCACAGGACCAGCUUACCUUAUGACUCGGUCAGCAGUUAGUCCUCUGUAUGAGGCGGCACUGGGUAAAGAUUUUGACGUUGUCGAUGAUGAAGACGAAGAUAGUAAUCAGGAAAACAAAAAGAAUAACAAUGAAGAAGAUUUGGAUGUAAAACCAUAUUUAGGAAAAGACUGUGGUGAUGGUAAUCAGACGUUAGAUGCUGGUGAUGAUAAAGCAACAUCAAAUGUAUAUGUAAGCAAAAAUACUGUGCCGUACUUGAAACUGGAGGAUGUAUAUUUAACUGGAGUUGUGGCUGAGCGGCUAACACGCCGAGCAACAGAACGACAGGCACGCCGGGAGCUCAAGGAAAAAGAAAAAAUCUCUUCAAGUGCUGGUGAUCAUAAUCAAAAAUCAAGUAAUGCUAAAGGUGUGGGAGACCAUGGUCGUCUUGAUAGUGGUAAAAAUACAAGGCUGAAAACAACAGAUAUAAUUGUGAAGGUGCGACGCAUCCAUGAUGAACAAUUUGCAAACAAGAAAAUCACUGGCCGAGCAUUGGAUCGAGCUGUAUGCAAUGGUCUUAGUCCCAGCGAUAAUGUCGGUACUAAGGGGAACAAUGGUUUUAGUUGGUUCCGAUGGUAUUGGGGUGAUACAGCUCUGGACAAAAACUUAAAAAAAAAGAAAAAAGAUCAAGGAGUAAUUUCUUUGCACAUGGUCAAGUAUUACGAGCAGUUUGAUUUAUGGAACAGGCUAAUGGACGGUAGGACUAAGUGUAAGUCAUAAAACUCAUCUUUUAAGAAUUUGUGAAAUUUUUUUAUUGCAUUGCAACCACCUACUCAGCUUUUCUGUGUAUAUUAUAGUUGCCUAGAUCAUUAUUUUUAUACUUUUUAUCAGCUAGCAAUUUUCUUAAUAUUUAUUUUUUUA